CAUGGGCUUGGUAUAUACGACGCUCCUGACUUCGGCUGGGAUGCUGUGCGAGAUGAAGUAUAGGCACAGCGUCCUGGCUGCCAUAUCAAGGCCUUACUUCUUAGCAGUAGAGAGUACAUGGUUGUGUCAAAUGGCCUUCAUCUUGUUCCCUCAAUUUGGGGGUACGUUGGACAACGAAGACCCUAUCCAGAUAAUGACGGUGUCAAUGCUUUUCAAUUGGCAUUUUGCGGGCAACAUUGCUCUUGUUGGUAUCUUGGCUACCAUCGCUCACCUCCAAGUUCGCAGGAAAACCCCGGAUCAAAUACUGAAGCAUUUGGAGAAGGAUUUGUGUGAAGCACGACGGCACAGCAAGAACAGAAACUGCCGUCGAAGCUCAGAAUAUAUGGUCAUGAUCAACGAAGAAGAGAAGGAAGAAUUGUCCAUUGUGAGCGACUAGAGCUAACUUAACUGUGAGCGACUAGAAUUCCCUUAACUGGUUUUCUCGUGCUUCAUUGACAAUCAAUCUUAUCUUCUUACCCUACAACAAAUUUAUUGCUCUUUCGGAUUGAUACAUGCAGAGUUAUGCAAAUUUUGCAAUUUGGAAACGCUAAAUAUUUCCUAGAACAAUGGUUUUCGUGCUGACUAUCAGGAUCUUUGAUUGCCUUCGCUAGGUAUUAACACCUCGUUUUUCAAACAUAUUUUUGUACAUUUGUCUAUUUACAAUCAAAUUAAUCACGUGUGUGUUGGACGACUACCAUGAAUAACUUGGACAAGAAUCAAUUAACCAUAAAUUGUACAUUAAAUUUUCUUGGCCAUAUAGUUAAUAGAUUAUAUAUAGCACGACUAUAUAAUUGACUCACGUACAUCUGUGGUGGAAUCGUUAAUCUGAAUGUAAAGUAUAUCGCAUGCCUACGAAAGAUCACUUCAGUGGGGACUUGAAAUCUUGACCAGAAAAUAUAUAAUCUAACAUUUACUAUACUCAUUGCUGCCAUUUAUGAAAUAAACAUUCAAUAUUUAGGAAAUAUAUUCACCAAUCAAUAUUUUUUGAAUUCAUAUUGCGCCCUAACCUAGCACAUGCCUCCGCUUUUGCUUUCCAUCGCACCAAAAUCGUUCAAUAUUUGUCUUCAGCACUCAUCCCUUUUGUAAACCCUAUACUCAAAUGGCAAUCAUAACAAUUCGCACAAACGAGUUCUAAGCCAAGUUAUUAUUGCAUCUGGAUAAGCACAAUUAUUAUUACGUUUCUCUCACAAUUAUCAAGGGGCAAAAAAUUUCCUCUCUUAACUUAAUUUUUUUCUUUUUGAAAUAAUAGAUUUUUGCAAGUUACGUUAUAUUUGUAAAACGAAGUUACAUGGCUACUUGAAAGAUUCUGCAAUGAAUCCGAUACAAUUUCUUUUUGUUAAGGAAAAAUAUAGAUAAGAACAUCCAGAAACAUCUGAUAUAGAUGUUUCUGGAAAUUUUUCGUGAGUUUUCGAGUUUGAUGAGGAAAUUCACUUAAUAUUUUAGUCCAUUGUUAAUAUCUUGAAUUUAAUACUUUGAAUAAAAAACUCCGAGAAAACUUUUUUCCUCAUUAAAAUAAAAAUAAUUGAACAACAUUCCGCUAACUGAAGAAACGGAUUAAUGACGAGGCUUUCAGUUGAAUGUAUAUGAACGGGUUUAUACAGCGCCAUGCAUGUGCCUAUAAUUUAUUAUGAUGACACAUAUGAACACAAAAUAAAAUUCCACAUAUGAACGCAUUAGCCCUACGGAAAGCCACCACCAGGCAUUAAUUUGCUCAUAAAGAUGUCCACUCACAAAUAAAACACACAGCUACGUUGAAGUAGGAAAUUAAAUGGUCUGUUGACCGAUCAAUAAUAAUUGACCAAUACUUUGCUUGGUUUCAACGUCGACAAGAGGUAUUGCGCAUGUCCAACAUGUGAUGCUCCUGUUGCUUGGAAACGCUUUGUUUGACUACCUGUUCUUCGGUCGACUUCAUAGAACGCUUCAUAAAGUUUACAACAUUCUUCUCGAGUGGUUGUGAAAUCAUGAGGUAUUUCAUAUCUGCAAGUGAACGCUUUGUUCAUUAUCGUUUAAUCCAAUAAUAAAAUUAUUUAUUCGUUUAAUCCAAUAGGAAAAUUUGCAUUGUUCUCCUUUGCUGAACGUGAGGCAACUCAUUUAAUUCAAGGAAUCGAAUCAGAUCUUAUAUUUCACUUUAUUUUAAUCGUUUGAAAGUAUUCGAUUUUAAAUGUACCCUUGAAUUUAGUGCGAUAAUUUGUAGCUAUUGAACAUAUAUU